AUGAAUCAAAGCAGCAACACUACAACACAGGGGAACAAAGAUAAAAUCGAAGGUGUGAUCAGGGCAGCGAUCGCGUGCGCAACGGUACUUGGACUUUGGGCGAUCAUCGGGAACACCAUCAGCCUCGUCAUCUUCCUCAAAACGAAAAGUCUACGACGGCGCAGAUCAAACUACCUACUCGUCAAUCUGUGCAUCGCAGAUUUUCUCGUCGGCCUCAACUGCUUGUUCCAUGGUAUCGGUUUUCUGAGAACCUUGCUCUCAGGGCGUUUUCGUAAAGGCGCCUUUGAGGUCUUCCUUAGUAGUUUGGAAUUGUUCUCAAGUUUUUCAUCGGUCAAUUUCCUGGCCUCUGUCUCGUUGGAGCGUCUUGUGGCAGUCGCCUUUCCGUUCUACCAUCGCGCAACGGGUAAGACAUUUUACGGUCUCCUGAUCGGAACUCCAUGGGUUGUCGCCGUUAUUAGUACAGUGACGACUUCAGUGGGCUAUUUAACCUCACUCAUUCCUUUGGCGAUCCGACGUACAUUGUUCGUUAUCUACGUCUCCUUGCCUCUUCUAAUAAUGUCAGCUGCUUACACCGUCAUCAUGAUCAGAUCCAGGACCAGUCAUAUCAACGGAAACGGAGCUCGUGAAAGAUUGCGUGAUAAGAAGCUUGCCGUCACACUUCUCAUUGUCACGCUGGCGUCACUUGUCACAUGGCUGCCAAGUAAUUAUUACUUGGUCAUACACAGAUUAUAUUUCUCGUUUUAUAAUUUAAAUAUUGUAUACAUGGCUCUCCUUUUUCUUCAAUAUUCCAACUCGUGCAUUAACAUUGUGGUGUACGCCUGGCGGAUUCCUGAGUUCAAACAGGUUCUGUUUAGGCAUAAACCUGUUGUUGCGAACGUGCAAGGUAGAGCAGGAGAAUGGAAUGCAGGGAGACGUCAACGCGCGCUAGCAGAGCCAAUAGAAAUGCACCAUAUGCAGCGGGGAGAGCAUAACCAGAUAGACGUGCAAUUGGACGAAAAUCAAGCUUGA